AUGAACCUGCCACCUCAGGCCGUGAAUGACCUUUCAAAGCUCCUAAGGACUAAAUCCAACAAGAAGAGCGAUGAAGCGUGGAAAGAUAUGGUCGAGGUUUAUAAGCACGAGCAAGAAUCAGACAGAUGCGCCCGAACCGCCAACGACAUCGAUGCCGCGAUAGCAGCAUCGUCAGCAGUCCUCCCUCCCAGAUUCUUCCACACGCCAGCUUGUAGUCUCUUGAGGCAGGAGUCCUUGGAGAACAGGAUCAAGUCGAAGCAAAAGUUCCAAGAAGCGCUCACUGAACAUUACAAGGCGUCGUACGAAAGAGGACAGGCGGCGACUUAUAACGAGGACGCGCAGCUGUUGGACGACGAGCUGAAGAAAAGGAAAAAGUGCUGCCAGAGCCAGUGCUGCAACUGCCGUGCUUGUUGGAAGAAUGGUGUCAAAAUAGUUGGUCUAUCUGCUUGGUUGCCGAGCUCGGUGCUCGAUGUCAUUCCAGAGCCCCCUUUGUGGCACUGGCAUCCCCAUUUUUGA